AUGAGCACCCCGACGGAUGGUGCACAACUCUCCGCUGCAAGUGCCUUUUGGGGCCUCGUCGGCCUUGCAUUAAACGUUAUAAUUCAGCCCACCGGCCGUGUUUGCGGCUUUCAUCCUUCAGUUCGGGCCCAAGUCCGAAGUUCGCCGAUAGUUUGCGUCGCCGAUUCUAUCUGCAUAGUUACUCGUCUUUUGUUCAAUAUCUUUUACUAUAAGCUUUCAUUCAAGAAGGCUUGUCGUCUGACCCUCCAUAGAAAGAAGGUUGGUUGGAAGGGGGAACCACAACAAGACCAAGGCAAUUCUGAUUCCCAGUCUCCAAUGCAGACUGAAGGGUCUGGGGGUGGAACACACCCUGGAGAAAUCGAUAUUGAGAUGGGCGAACUACAAAACGAACAAGGACAUUCCGAUUCCGGGUCCCCGACACAAGUGGAAGUAGAAGGCUUCGGCGACAGUACAAGUCCAGUGGAAGUAGGCCCCGAGGCUACUGGGGAGGCGUUAGGUCUUGGAAACGUAACCGGAAACAUGCAGCAGGAGCCUUCAGGGGACUCCUUAACAUUUGAAGGGCCUUCGGCGGCCCGGGUGUUGUCGUUUACUCUUACGGGGUUUCCACAAUGGUUAAAAAUUAUCGUUUGCUCCGGUGCCCCUUGGACAUCGACGUGGGCAUCAUUUUAUUUCUGGCCUUUCUUGAUUACGGAAGUUAUCAAUAUCACGGCAGGAAGAAUUGAUACGGAGGAGGAUCGUCUCGACCGGAUUCGCAUUGAUCGCAUUAACUCAAAGUGGGAGGUUCGAUUGGACUUCUACGAAAGAGCACUAGGGGUUUUCGCUGUUUUUAUGCAGCUAAUCGUUUUUCUGGCGCUCGAGAGAUACCCCCCCAAUAGAGAUCUAGAUCCGAUAUGGGCUGGGAUUAGUUCUGUUGCUUAUAUUCCCUGGAGAGCCACAACUUAUUUCUCGGCUUACCACAUAUUUUCGGUUAGCAACCCUUUCGUACUUGUUAUGGGUGGUUGGAGAGCUAACGCCUCUGAGACUUCAGAUACCGCAAUCUCCACUAGAUACCUGGGACGGAAGGCAUUCUAG